ACAGCUUUUUAUACCAGGAAUCAGGCUUCCAGGCAUAGGAAGGAUUCCUGAAAUCUGCUGUGCUCCACUGGAAAGAGUGAGUAAUGGGGACUGGAGGGUCUUGAUUAGAAAAAUACCAUGUGCGCAGUGUUUGUGGUUUGAAAAGUGAAGGCAUCAAUUUUCUUUCUGCUGUAUGGAGCCUUCUAAUACAUGAUUUAUUUUUUGUUGUUGUUCCUCACCUCCUGGAUUCCCAUGGAUACAACUAACAGAUUUCUACUAAAUACAUAUUACGUACAAGUCACAUCUUAGUCCUGCAAUGGUGAAGCCCAGACUGAAAAUGCCCAUCCUGAGUGCAGAAAAAACAUGUAAAUGCUAAUUGAGCUGGAGCAGACACACGCGUUAAGUGUAACAAAGUCCCAUUUCUCUGAAUUCCCACACUGGCUGGGGGAUGUUCCCCUCUCUCUGAAGUUAGGGAGAAGUUAUUCUGUCCCACGUCUUCAUGACCCCGGCACACUCAGCCUUCUCGUGGGGCAAAGCAGCACGUUCCCCUCUUCUGCUGCCACUUGUAAGAAAAGGAGGCAGCACAUUUGUAAAGUUCUCACAAAUAUACCACAGCAUCUCUAAAUGCUUUUUCGAAUCAUGCAUUACUGUCUUUUUUUCUGAAAAUGAAAACUCAUUUUUAAAUUCAGCCUCAUGACUAAAGAGGACAAAAUGCAGCUUCUGAAGGGCUUCGGGUGAGUUGCUCUGCCCGUGGGGGCUUGCUGGGAACCUAACCAGAGUUAGCUGGUGCCUCGACUAUCAAAGCUUUGUACAUUUAGUGGGCAGUCAACAUAAGGUACUUGCUGAUAGCAGCAUCAUAUGCAAGCCAUGCCAUUGCUUUUUUGUACUUCCCAGUUUUACCUCCUUCCAACAGGUACGCUACUCUGAUACGUGGUGAUAUGGCUGAAGGCAAUAGCACCGUGGUGACCCAGUUUAUCCUCCUAGGACUGACAAGUGAGCCUGAGCUGCAGACUCCUCUCUUCAUAGUCUUCUCAGUGAUUUAUCUCAUCACCCUGAUGGGCAAUCUUGGGCUCAUCACACUGAUCACGACAACCCCCCAGCUGCACACUCCCAUGUACUUCUUCCUCUGCAAUUUGUCUGUUGUUGAUCUUUGCUACUCCUCUGUCUUUUGUCCCAGGCUGCUUAUUGUCUUCCUGGUUGAAAAUAAAACCAUUUCUUACUCUGCCUGCUUCACCCAGCAUUUCUUUUUUCUUGUGUUCGUGACCACAGAGGUUUUCUUGCUGGCUGUGAUGGCAUACGACCGCUACGUAGCUAUUUGCAACCCCCUGCUAUAUGCUGUUUCCAUGCCCAAGAGAGUCUGCGUGCAGCUGGUGGCUGGGUCGUACCUGGGGGGGAUUUUGAACUCCCUAACCCAAACGUGUUGCUUGCUGCCCUUGCCGUUCUGUGGGCCUAAUGUCAUCAACCAUUACUUCUGUGACACCAACCCUCUGCUGAAACUCACCUGCGCUGACGACCACCUCAAUGAGCUUUUGCUCGUAACCUUCAAUGGGACCAUUUCCAUGUCCGUGCUCUUCGUCAUCAUCAUCUCAUAUGCAUACAUCCUCGUCUCCAUCCUGAGGAUCAGGUCUGCCAGAGGCAGGCACAAAGCCUUCUCCACCUGUGCCUCCCACCUGCUGACCGUCGCCUUGUUCUACGUGCCCGCCGGACUCAGCCACAUGCAGCCGGGCUCCAAGUACUCACUGCAAAUGGAGAAAGUCACUGCAGUCUUCUACACCAUGGUCGUCCCGAUGCUGAACCCUAUGAUCUACAGCUUGAGGAACAAGGAGGUCAAGGAUGUGCUCAGAAGAGGUGUCAGUCUCUUAUCUCAGGUGACAAGUGAUAGGAUGCGAGGAAGCAGCCUCAAGUUGUGCCAGGGGAGGUUUAGGUUGGAUGUCAGGAAGAAUUUAGUCAUGGAAAGGGUGGUUGGGCAUUGGAACAGGCUGCCUGGGGGGGUGGUGGAGUCCCCAUCCCUGGAGGUAGUGAAGAGACGUGUGGAUGUGUGGCUGAAGGUGGAUGUCUCAGGUGGGGGCAAUGACCGUGGCUGCCCUCUCUGAUGUCCCAGUGAGAGAGGAACUGUUUUUUUCCCACCCAGUACCCUAAACAGGUCUAGCACUGCACUUCAUCUGCUCUGACGUGUUCCUCUGCA